ACCUGUCAACCAGGAAGUUCUCAAAACAAAUAAUAUUUUUCUUCUCAUUAGUUAUCCAAUCUCACAAUAAUGAUAAAAUUACGGCAAAUUCAUGUCCCACAACGGUCCUUGUUUACAUCUGUGUUACGGCUCAAUCAAGAUGAGACCCAGAAUCCAAAAUUGGACCGUUUGAAGGAGAAAAUUGAAGCCGACAAAGCAAAGCUAAACUGGCGAACUCCAUAUUCCGAAAGACCGGACGAAUUUUACAGCGUCUUCAAGCUAUUCGCAACAAGCAAUAGGAAUUCAGAAUUGGUUGAAUCGAUGCAACAGCCAAUUGAUCUCUCCCCAGGUGGGCUCAAGCGUUGGUGGACUAGACGUAAGGAAACCACGAAUGCCUACAUGCAAAAGUAUAUCCCCGAAAGACACGCUAUGCUGGGGAAUGAUUUAGCGGCGGCACAUUUUAUCGUGCACAGACAGGGAUCCGUGAGGUUUCGCGGUAGAAAGGAAUGGGUUAAAAUGGAUGAUGAGGAUAAUUAUGACUUACCAAAGAAUGCGGACCCGAACUUCAUUUUGGAGGAAAUCAAAUGCGACAACAUGGAUCUGUACUACGAUGGCUUGGAGAAUAUUCGUCGCUUACAACAUCUUAAGUAUCUAUCGUUUGAAAAUGUGUCCAGAUUUGAUGACUGGUGUUUGGAUCGGGUCUCUGGAUCGGAAUUUCCCUCGUUAGAAAUUUUGAAUUUGAAGGGCACCGCUGUAACCGAUAAAGGAUUCAACUGUCUUUACCGGUUACCAAGUUUAAAAUUGGUUCUGGUGGAUGAUCCCAAGAAAAAUCUCAUGUGGGAACUUGUUAUAUCGAUGCUCGAGGAAUGGAAUCCAAAAAUAACGGUUAAAGCCGCAUAGGAUAUAAUGAACAGUAUCGAAAGAAAUACAUAUUUAUUCGUAGCAUCUCAUUGCUGGAGAAUUUAAGCUUUCAAUACAAUAUUUCAUUUAGUUUGAGAAAGAACGCGCGAUUUGAUUGUUGUAAACAUUUGCAACCAUUGAAACGAUUGAA